UUUUACAGAAAAUGAAAGAAUUUGAAGAAAAAGAAUUGGUGGUAAAUGAAGUUGAACAGAGAAACUGGAAAGGCAUACUAAUCUCACUAUUGGUUAUUGCUAGUAUUUGUUCGCUAAUACUUCUCUCAAUAUUUUUAUUGAGUCCGCAUUUUGGAGCAAAUGAUAAGAGUCACAGAUUAAGUUUAGAUGACUUUCUCAUCAGUGGUUAUAAACAUAAAGAAUACAACGGCUCCUGGAUUUCAGAUCGAGAGCUCCUAUAUUACAAUAAUAACAACACUUUCUAUACCUAUAAUAUCGAUACUAAAUAUAGAAGAGUUUUAGUGGAUGGCAUUCAUCUGCGAACAAAUGGUAUAAAUGUGAAGAAAUUUAGUAUAUCUGCCGACAGAAGGUUUUUAUUGAUUGCAAGUGAUAUAAAAAAGACGGGAAGUCUUUCAUAUUUAGCUAAAUAUGUGAUAUACGAUACCAAAAGCAAUGCUGUCGUUCAGCUAUUAAUGCCCGACUCAAGUGAUUACAUACAACACGCCAGUUGGUCACCAAAUGCCAAUCAACUUCUUGUUAUCCAUAAAAACAACAUAUAUUUGUAUUUCCGAGUCGGAGAUCAACCAAUACAAAUCACGUCCAAUGGAAGGGAAGGUUUUAUUUUUAAUGGUGUUCCCGACCUAAUGUAUGAGGAGCAUAUACUUGAAACAAAUUUGGCGUUUUGGUGGUUUAAUGACGGUUCACGACUUUGUUACGCAUCAUUUGAUAACACAUUAGUGGAUCAAAUGCCAUAUAUUAUCUAUGGAGACAUCAAUUCUACAAAUCAUUUUAAAUCCAAUGAUAAUGAAAAUCUAAGAAUUUCUAACUAUCCGUAUCCUAAACCGGGACGAGAGAUAUCAAAAGUGACGCUAACUGUUGUCGAUAUAAGUGCACCAAACUAUGUGAGAACCCGCACACAGAUCUUACCUCCGGAUGAAUUGAGAGGUUUAGACUAUUAUAUGACUGCACCGAUUGCUUGGAUCACCAAAACAAGUAUUGCUGUCAUUUGGUCGCGAAGAACACAAAACUAUACAAUUGUUAGCAUUUGUAAAGAGGAGAACAAUUGGGUUUGCAAUAAAAUAAUUGAUGAACAAGUGAUUGGACGGUUGGGUUGGCUUAUUGUCAAUAAACAGCCCAUUAUUUCAGAUAACGGAAAAUAUAUAUUUAUUCAAUUGCCUGUCGCUGACGGUAUAUACGGCACCUUUGAUCACAUCGCUAUGAUUUAUACGGAAAGCGGUAAAAAAUAUUUCUUAACUCACGGACAGUUUGUUGUCACCAAAAUACUUACUUAUCGUUCAGAUCUUAAUAAAAUCUAUUUUAUAGCCACAAUAUACAAUCAACCGGGAAUCAGACACAUAUUUUCAGUAACGGAUAUGAAUUCAAAGAUUCCGAGAGUGAUUGACUGUCUGUCAUGUAAUAGAAGUGAAAAAUGUUGGUUCAAUAAUGCAGUAUUCAGUCCUAAUGGCAGAUACUAUUUGUCCGAGUGUUUGGGACCAGACAUACCAUCCGUUUAUUUAAUGUCUGUCGACGACAAUAAAUUCAUCGAAACUCUCGACAAUAACGAAGAAUUACAAAAUAUAUUUAAAUUGAUAUCUUUGCCUAAAAUGAAAUACAUGACAAUUCCCAACGGAAAAGGUUUUAAUAUUAGAGUUGAACUUAUUCUUCCACAAACUCUCGAUGAAAAUGAGGACACAAAAUAUCCGGCUGUUAUUGAGAUUAAUAAUCGACCCGAUGGUCAAUCGGUAAAUUAUGAGCAUAAACUUGAUUGGUCUCGAUAUUUGGUCAGUCAUAAAGAUUAUGUGGCCAUUCAUAUUGAUGGCACCGGUACUGGUUUUCAAGGAAAUAAAUUUAUGUUUGAUAUAAUGCCAGAAUUGGGUAAACUGGAAGUCCAAGACUUAUUAUUUGCUAUAAAUUAUCUGAAAAAGUCAGUUUCAUAUAUCGAUGAGGACAAGAUUGUUGUUUGGGGUCGAGAAUAUGGAGGGUUCUUAACGGUGUCAUUAUUGGCGGCUGAAUCUGAGAAAAAAAAUCCAAGCAUUACCUGUGCUAUAGCUGUCUCUCCCAUCACUAACUUUAAGAACUAUUUUUCAGUAUUUUCUGAGCGUUACAUUGGCUUUCCUUAUGCUAACGGAAUCGAUACGAUAUAUCAGAAAACAGAUUUGACGCGAAUGUCAGACAUGUCCACCAAAUUUAAGGGCAAAACCUUUCUUCUGGUUCACGGGACGGCCGAUAAAAGAGUUAAUAUCCAUCACUCCAUGCUUUUAAUGAAAAGCUUAACUGAAAAUUCAGUCCAAUUUAAAGUCCAGUUAUAUCCAGACAGUGAUCUUAUAGAAUCUUGGGAUCAAUCAGUUCGCCGCCAUUUUUACUUAACAAUGGAAGACUUCUUUGCCAAAUGUUUUCAAGUGGAAGACGAAGAGGAAGAAAGUAUUAUUUCUUUGACAUCCGUUUUCAAAAAGGGAGUCCAAAAACCUUAGGCGUGAAUAUACUGUACUUUAAUUAAUAUAAAAAUCAAUUCAUUUAAUGAAUAAUAUUCUUUAAUUUUAUUCUUCAAAAUUAUAAAUACAAUACAAUAUAACACUAAUGAGACCAAUAUGUUAAUUAUUAAAUCAAUUUGAAACCCCAUUCUCACCAUUA